UACGUCAGACAUUUUUUUUCGAUUUUGUCAAGGUUUUCUGUUUCAAUAGUACUACAUCACUGGAAUCACUAACGUUUUUUAACCAUGUGUGUCUAAACGUUAGGGGUAGGUGCCCCUCGUUGUAAGCUGCACAAAAAAGCUUCAACAUUCGAAGAACUGUUCCAAUUAGGACCGAUUCGACUACACGUUUUUGGAAUUGAAUAUUUGUAAACAACAUGGAUAUAUCGCCAGUUGUCAAGUCUUUUCUUGCUGGAUGUUGUAGUGGGACAUGCUCCACACUUCUGUUCCAGCCUCUGGAUUUGGUCAAAACCAGAAUCCAAAUCCACGUCCCACUGGCUUGUGCAAGUGGGGUGAGUGGAAGGAUUGGUAUGGUGUCUGUAGCUAAUGCUGUGAUCAGACAAGAGAAUGUGUUGGCUCUGUGGAAGGGACUUGUACCAUCACUGUCCCGAUGCGCCCCAGGAGUUGGAAUUUAUUUUUCAUCUAUCCAUAUGCUGAAAUCAAAAUUCCAGUCAAACCAACAACGUGCACUUGAAUCAGUCAUGAUUGGAGCAGUUGCUCGGACAAUUGCAGUUGUAACCCUUAUCCCUAUCACAGUUUUGAAAACGCGGUAUGAGAGUGGAUUGUUUGACUAUAAGAGUAUUUCAAGAGGACUUCUCCAUAUGUAUAAUACAGAGGGCUUGAGAGCUCUCUGCAGUGGGAUGGCACCAACACUGAUAAGAGAUGUACCAUUUUCAGGAAUAUACCUCAUGUUUUACACCAAGUUUAAGAAGAUGGUCAAUGAAAGGGUGUAUGAUCAAGCCCUUCAAACACAAAUGUACUUUGCCUGUGGCUUAACUGCUGGGAGCAUUGCAGCAGUUGUAACUCAACCAGCAGAUGUCAUUAAAACCUACAUGCAGACAGACUCCAAGAAAUAUCAGAGGGUCUUGACAACCAUACUAUACAUCUAUCAGAAAAAUGGAUUUAAUGGAUUCUUCAAGGGAAUUGUUCCCAGGACUCUUCGACGGACUUUGAUGGCAGCCAUGUCCUGGACUGUGUAUGAAACUGUUUCCAGAAGAGUAGGAUUGUCUUAAAGAUCAAUGUUAAAAAUUAGGAGCAAUAUACAAUACAUCUAUACUAGUAUUGUCAUGAAUUUGCACCAUAUUGGUACCUCAUGAAAAUUAAGAGAGAAAGAUUUAUAUAGCUUUAUAUAUGGAAGAUUUACAUAUUCUUCUUGGAUUUUAUGCAUUGUGUGAAUGAUUUGGUGAUUGUUGAGGAAUAUGUGAGCUCAGAAGACAUUUCAAUUGUUUUUAAUUGUUUUAUUUACAUCAGCAUGUAUGUUAAUUCCCAUGGAAUACUUGAGAAAAUAUGAAAAAUAAAUCUGAAGCAUUUUAAA